CAAGCCUGGCAGCUAGGCAGCUAACGUUAGCAAACACGCUACUUAGGUUUACUAUAUGUUUUAACUCCAUACUGUAUAUGUAACAACAUUCAGAUAUUCUCAGAUGUAUUCUUUUAUUCGUUUCAACAAAGCACUCAUCGGUGACAGCGAAAUACUUGCUCAGAUAUCAACAGUUAAAACAGACUUUUAAUUUUUUUUGCCUGUGGCUGAUUUCCGAAUCCUAGCAAUAGAUUUCGUCACGUCAUUGUUUACAGAGUUGAGUGAAUAGGAAGCAGGGAAAGCUUGAGCAACAACAGUGAUAACAGAGCGAUGAGAAGCUAGCUAUCCACGCGCGUUUAUAGGGCGAUUUAGGGAGCGCUAAGCAAGCUGGUGAGCUAGAAAUGAGCUUAAAUCCAUUAGGCAGCGGACUGUAGACGCUGACACAGGCAUUUAAGUCCCUCUUGGACGGAGCCACAUGGAAACGAGCUGAAAUAAAAGAUGGUGACUCGAAUAGAACACCUCACCUGAAACUUGUGAUCACAGUUGAACCUGAGAUUUUGUGGUAGGGGAUUUGUUUGAACUGUCACAGACUGACACAACGACGCUGGCAAGAGCUGAGCCAGCUAACCAACGAGCUGAGCUAGCUAGCAACGCUGUCAAGGACGAAGCAAACUGCUUGGCCAGCCCAAAUAGCUAUAGCAGCAGCAGUCACCAGGAAAGCGGAACACUCCAUAUUCCGUGAAGGACAAAUUUAGCACCGGCAAGCACUCGUGUCAUUAUAGUUGAAGGCCGAGCCGGUGCGUGUUGAUCAAAGGUAGUCGUCAGAGACAAUUUAGUCUUAUUUUCCUCACUCUCAAGUGCACAGAUUAAUUAAAGAUUGACCACAAAUAACGUCCAUCGUAAGGCAUGGCUGACUCCAGCUCAGAGGUGAUCGGAGAGGAUCUGAAGAGUGGACCCUCGGUCACCCAGGAACCCUCCAAAGACCAGGCCGCUGUGCCUACUGCGGAAGAGGUUUCCAGCCCAACACGGGAAGACAGCAGUUUGAAAGACCCAACUGCAUCGGCCUGUUCGGAGACUUCAGCUGACUGUAUGGAAGACAGCCUUCAAAGCCAGGGGGAGGAGCCUACUGAAGCGGCGACCGAUGAUGCAAGUGUUGCGCUGGCGAGCGAGGAGGACCCUACGGAUGGGGGGAGCGCAGAGGCGGAGAGCAGGUCGGAGGAGAGGAGCCAAUCGGCCGACUCGGCCUCCUUUUCCGUGCCCAGCCUGGUGUUCUCGGACGGGAACAACGGAAACUCGCCGGACGAGGCUCUGUCCUCCUCCUACUCUGCUCUGGGCGCCGAAGGACAGUCCCCGUCCGUCGACUUGCCCUGCUUGGGGGACGAGGCCCUGGGGGCCACUGCUGCCGCCUCCCCCCCCAUGGUGGUAGGGGGCCCUGCCGGGACCGGGCCAGAUUCGGACCCCGCCCUGCCGGCGUACUACUUCGUGAAGUGGAUCAUGUGGAAGGACAAGAAGACGCCGAUCAUCACGCAGAGCGAGAACGGGCCCUGUCCGCUGCUCGCCAUCAUGAACAUCCUGUUCCUGCGCUGGCAGGCUAAGUUACCUGCCCAAACAGAAGUCAUCACCACCGAGGACCUGAUGACUCACCUUGGAGAGUGUGUGUUAUCCAUUAAACCAAGGGAGAAGGUACAAGGAAUGGAGCUCAACUUUCAACAGAACAUGAGCGACGCCAUGGCGGUCCUGCCCAAGCUGUCCACUGGCCUGGAUGUCAACGUACGCUUCACGGGGGUGUCUGAUUUCGAGUACACGCCGGAGUGCAUCGUGUUCGACCUGCUGGACAUCCCCCUGUACCACGGCUGGCUGGUAGACCCACAGAGUGUAGAGAUGGCGACUGCAGUGGGGAAACUCAGCUACAACCAGCUGGUGGAGAAGAUCAUCAACUACAAGCAGUCUGUGGACAGCAGCCAUGUCAGCGAAGCCCUGGUUGCCGAGCAGUUCCUGGAGUCCACGGCGACCCAGCUCUCGUACCACGGCCUGUGUGAGCUCAACACUACCGCCAAGGAAGGGGAGCUGUCCGUCUUCUUCAGGAACAACCACUUCAGCACCAUGAUCAAGCACAAGGGCCACCUGUACCUGCUGGUGACGGACCAGGGCUUCCUGCAGGAGGAGGCCUUGGUGUGGGAGAGCCUGCACAACGUGGAGGGCGACGGGAACUUCUGCGACUCGGACUUCCGCCUAUGCCACCCGCCGCAGAGGACCACCCCGCCCGCUGCCCCGGGAGCCGCGCUCACUCCGCAGCAGCAGCAGCAGCAGAUCGACCAGGACUACAUGGUCGCGAUGUCCCUGCAGCAGCAGCAGGGCGCGGCCCCGGGCCCUCUCAGUGACCUGGAGCUGGCCCGGCAGCUGCAGCAGGAGGAGUACCAGCAGCAGCAACAGCAGCAGCCCCCUGGUGGCCAGCCCUCUGCACCGCAGGUCCGAGCUCCGGCACACCCCGCCCAGCAGGGCGGCGGCCAGAGGAGGCGCCCCGAAAAAAAGGACGACUCCGACUGUGUCAUACUAUAGCCUCUCCCACUGCCCCGCCCCCAUGCCACACCCCACCCCGCCCCUUCCUGUUAUUCCAGGAGCUUGGGUCCUUCUGGAGCCUGGUGCCCCCCCUCCCCUCAACCAAACUGAGACUGGGGAUCACCCCCCCCCCCAUUCUGCACACCUCCUAACAUCUGUACACAUGCAC